CAGGUGUUUUACUGUGUGUUAACAUCCAUUCAGAACACUUCCAUACACUCUUCACACUGUAGCGUGUCUAGUUCUAAAUACAAAAGGAAGCGGAUCUAGACAUUCAGUGAUGUAAUUGAAGUAUUUUAAGUAUAUGUCUAAUGGUAUGUUCUCACUGCAGUAUACUUAGCAGCUGAAGAUUUUUCAGAUUAAAAAAAAACUGAGAAGGGUGGAGAGUGACAGGAAGAAAGAGCAGGUGAGGAAACAAUGACACAGAGGUGAGUGGAGUGCUAAGAGAGGCUGACGCUUACAAAGAAGAGGAACAAAGGAGUGAAAACAGCGGCUGAGGGAGAUUUGAACUGUCUUUUGCGCAAGAUGAUGGUGAAAGUGCUACUUGUUGUCAUGGUGAUACUGACGGGUGGUCUAAGCUCCGCUCUACCUCUGGAAGCUGAAAGUACAGACUGCAGAGAGUGUCCAGCAGGACAAUACUUGUUAAGUUGUCAUGAGUGUUCUUCAUGUACUGAAGGUUCCUACACAAGCCAGGUGAACAGAGAGAGCACAUGCCAUCCCUGCUUCAAGAACUGCGUGGCAGCGUUUCACAUGCAGGUGGUGAAGGCAUGCAGCAAUGCCUCUGAUGUGGUGUGCCGCUGUAUGGACGGCUUUUUCUGCAGUGAGAAAGAUCGCUACACAGACCACUGCAUCCAGUGUGAACCAAUUCAAACUUCAACCUCACACUCAACUACAGCAUCAACCACUCUGCUGAGUUCUAAACCUAUGCCUAACCCGACCCCGACUCCAUUUGCAGGUAUGACAGACAUUUGGAUUUUAAUUGUUGUGCUACUGAGUGUGCUACUUAUCAUCUUCAUCACACUGCAUCUCUGCCGGCAAUAUAAAAAGGAGUGCCUGAAGAAAUUGGUGAAGCGAUGCUCACCCGGUAGUCAAAAGUUACAGGGGGACAUUGUUACUACAUCUUCUCAAAGAAGUGAGCCGAUCAAACACAUCCAUGCAGAGGAGGUGCACCCACACACAGCUGCAUCCACCUACAGCACCUCAGACUGCCCGACUCCUCAGCCGGUCAGCACAGAGCCGCCUCUACCUGCUGCUGGAAACCUGGGUCCUCUCCACAUAUAUGGUGCAAACACUGUGUUUGUUAGUUUGCUGAACCAGUUUGGACAGAACGCAGGAGAGAAGGAUGACGAGGAUGUCCACCAGCAGAGUUUAAGCGAGAGUGAUAUGCACUGUCCUACUCCACUUCCUCUGUCCACAGAGGAAAGGAACAGAGACAGCAGUUACAUCUCUUUUCCCUCUCAAGAGCAAGGGAAAGAAUGCCACAUGUCCAAAGAAGAAGGAUUGUAAUGGAAGUUUUAGUCCUUUCAGUUUGCUAUACAGGUGCUUUGUGAUUUAUGAGGACUCUACACCACAACUUUGGCUGUGUGCGUCUGCGUAAAGCAGAGCGGCAUGUCCAAAGAUUGGUACACACUCAUAAUGUCACCCCGCUCCAUAGCUGAUCUGAACCUGUCGGCCUGGAUCCCGUCAAAAGGCAGCAUGAAACAGCUGGCAUUUGCAGAUGUGCACACAUUUAUGAAUGUGUGUGUGAGUGUGUAAACAUGUUUCCACACGUGUAUGUGUGAAGAUGUGGAUGAGGCCUUGGCGUUUGUUUCAGUCAUGCUGUUCACAAUCGUAGAUGAAGAUGAUGAAUCUCCAGAAGGCCUGGAUACAGGGCAUAUGGGUGGUAUUGGUUGGUUUUUGGAUGUCUCACAAAAACAUGUUUGAUUGCACAGCGUUUUAAGUGGGUGUCAAACAAAAAACAUGUUAAUUAGCAUUUUAGAUCCUGAAUGAUAUAAUAAUUUGCAGAUGAAAUCUGAUCAUUGGUUUCUCAAUAAAAUUCUGAUUACAAGUAGCUUAUUACAAUGGCAAUGGACACACUGUUUGAAUAUGAGGAAAAUCUAAUUGACCAUUUGUAAAAGUUCCACACCCCUCAGUUACUGUUUAGUUCAUCAAACUGAACAGUUCAGACAGACAAAAAAGCUCAGUAGCACAAAGGAAAAUAUAGACGCACCCAUAGGACUGCAUCUGAAAACAAUUUGCCAUUCAGAAAACGACUUUAUAGGGUGUUCACUAGAUAUAUGCUUGAGGGUUGACAAUAUGAAUGUAUGGCACUUGAAAAAAUAAUAAAAAGGUUCUGGAAACCAUCCUUGCAUUAAUUAAACCAAGUAAAUCUGAAGGUUUCCAUGUCUGAUCUGCACUGGUUCAGGGUAAAAUAGCUAAAAGGGCUACUGCUAAAGCUAAUGCUGCAGCCAGUCAGAGCAAUGAUACAUGCUACAAACAAUAAACGUGAUGUGUGCAAACACAUUAACCCUUUACAUGGCCAUGUCCUGCUGGUGGGCCCAAAGUUUUAUUAUACAAUUCUUUAACCUAAGAACAGAUUUUAAGGGGUGAAUAUUUAUGGUAAAUUGUAAAUGUGUUUACAAUGAGGUCCCGUCUUGUUUAACCUGACUGAUUUCUCAAGCUAACUUUCAGCAGUUAAGAAAAGUGCACUAGUUUGCUAGUUAAUAUUUGCAUUAGACUUCAUAUGAAAAUGCGUAUUAAUAAUAACCCAGGUAAGGUUUGUCUUACCUUAGAGCUGGCAUAAUACUACCUGUUAUUAGUUUUAAUGUUGAGCUGUGAGUGUAGCACUUCAUAAGAGUUUAAUCCCAAAACCUUUUCAUGAAUAAACAGCACCACCCUCUACAUCAGUGAUCACCAACCAUGGCCCUGAGAAUAUACCUUCCUGCAGAAUUUUGUUACAAUCUGCCACACCUGUGUUUUGUCAUGUGUCGUAAGUAUUUUUUAAUUUGUCAGUUUUUGCUGUUUUUUAGAAUUUUAUUUUAUUUAUUUAUUUAUUGCUGUAUAUUUUGGGUUAUCUGAAUUUUAGCCCCUUAAAGCUCAUAUUUUAACAGCAGAAAUUGAUAAUAUAUGUGUGAUUACAGAAACACAAACCUGGAAUUCCUAUGCUUUCCAAGCCUUUUUACAUUCACAAAGCUAGCUUGCAGUUAAAAAAUCAGAGCUUAAACCAGGGAGAUCUUCCUCAGAAGCAAUCAAGUCAAAUCCUUUAAUCUAAGAAAAAGCAGCCCAGUGUAUCCAGGUUUCUAGAGGUUGCCCUGUUGUUCAGUCUGGUACCUGUACCUUCUGCAUCCCCAAGCCUAUUCAAGCCUUAUUCAGACUCACGUGAGAUUACAGAAUUGAGGUGCUGCUUCCUGCAAAUGUAGUAGAAGUAUUUAUUUGAUGCCUUGCACUGUGCAGUUAUUAGUAAAGAGAGCACCAAAAUGUGGUCUAUGUAACUCUUUUUAGAGUAUUUUAUAAGUAGUUUUUGUUUUCAGUUUUAUUUUCAGUACAGUAUUACAUUGUCACCGUCAGAACAAAACCUCAUAUCUCCAAAAACAGUGACUGUACAGGAGAAGGAAAAACAUAUAUUUUAUAUUACAUAUUCUUAUAUUAUAGUGUAAGUUAAUGUAACGAUUUUAUUACAGGUUGGUAAUAAAUGGUCAUUUUGGACUAUUUCUGUUGAUGUAUUCAUCAGAAUGUUUACACAAUGUAAAGUGCAGCUAGUGUUUUUUUAAGCUGUGGAAAAAAAAAUUAAAAAUGGAUCACAUGAUUUUUAUCUGACAGUGA